UACAUUAGAAAAGUGGUCAUAAUGUUAUGCCUGUAGAAAUAGUGUCUAAUAUUGGCACAAAUGGGAUGUGUUUAAAAUAAUGCAUUGCUAGUCUUUAUACAGCAGCGUGAACAGGCUGCUCUUAUUAAACCACUUCCAGGCCCUUUUAUCUUGGAGAGCGCAUUUGAUUGUUUCCGGUUUUGCGCGCCGUGCGUUGACGCAGCUGCCAGCAGCAGACAUGGAGCGCGCCUUGCGGUCGCAGUAGGGACGGCAGACUUCACACAGAGCGGACAUACAGAGACGCACACGGCGAGCAGAGACGCGCAACGGAGAAAUUAGACGCUCUUUCUUUUUUUCCGCGUCGAGUCUCUCGCAGCCUCCGGCGGGCUUCAUGGAGAGCGGAGCCCCGCUUGUCCACACCGGGGGAAGGUUGAUCGGAUGCCUCUCGCCACAGCAGCGCCGCCGUUAGAUGCUUUCCCAUUCAGGAUUAAUUGGUUAAACCGAUGGCUCCCAAACAUGCGCUCCUCUCCAGCAGCGCCAGCGGUUGCCCCCGGGUCGGAGGGGUGAAUGGCAAACGCGACCCCGGCUCUUCCCCCCGAUGGAGGAUGGACGCGGGGACGGUGGUCGCCCGCUCGCCGAGGAUCGGGAAGAGGACGCGGGCGCUGGAUGGUGGGACGCUGCUGGCUCUGUGGAUGGUGCUGGUGCUGAUGCUGCAGAGCUCCUUGGCCGCUGACGCAGCUGAGAGAGGCCGUCAUGCGUCAGUCAGACGGGCCGACUUGACUCUGGCCCCCGCAACGUCCUCCAACCUCUCAGUAACCCCUGGGACCGGAGACAAAGCCGGAGCUGAAGAUGCUUCCUCCUCUUCCUCUUCCUCUUCCUCCUCUUCCUCCUCUUCCUCCUCCUCCUCUUCGCAAGCCAGUCACAAAGAUGGUCCGACAGCAGGAUCGCACAAUGCAUCUGUGGUUUUUGUUGUGAACAACAACUCCUCCAGCAGCAACAACAGCUCCAAUUUGGAGGAGUCAAUGAGCAGCCUGCCAGCCUGGGAUCUCCCAACUGUCCCUGAAUCACUCCUGUCCACCGUGGGCGACCACGACGUCACGCUUCCUGCCAACGUCACCAGCCCUUUCUCCACCCACCAGUGGAACACCACCGCGCCCGUGCGCACCAGAAACGCCUCACAGCACACGACCGUGUCCACAACCACCAUAAAGACGUCUCCAUCGCCCACCACCACCACCACCACCACCACCUCAACUUUACCGUUCUCCACCACGGCAAGAGCACAAACAGCGCCAGAAUCCACCACUGUUUCGUACGCAACCGCCGCGAGCCAAGACACUGUGACCGACGACAGCCCUCAGCUGACGACAGUAACCACGACGACGCCCUCAACGACCACCCUUACUGUGACUGCUGCUGCUGCUGCUGAAGUGACGACGCAGGCGCCGACCACUAGGAGCGCUGCAACGAUGCCGCCAAACACCACCACUGCUACAACCGUACAGCAGACAACAACACGCAGACUUACUACAACUCAACCUACAACCACCACGACAACCACAAAUGCCCCCACUACUACCACUAUUAUUACUACUACUGCCCCCCCAGCCACCACCACCACCACAACCACCACCACUACAACCACUCCUGCUCCAACCACUACCACCACUGCACCUACAACUACUACUACUACUACUACUGCCCCCACCACUACUGCCGCCACCACCACCACCACCACCACCACAACAAAGGUACCCGCCACCACUGUGUUCCUUCCGGUCCAAACUACCCCACCUCCUACCACGACCACACAACCUCCGUUCGGCACCAGCGCAGAGGAAGGUCCUCUACCGUGCAACGUGACCGAGAAGUUCUGGGUCAGGACAGUUUUGUCUAUCGAGUUGCGCAGGAACCGGCUGGACCUGAUCCUGAAGCAGAACCUCUCCAAAGGACUUAGCCACGCUCUGCAGAGAGCCCUGAAUGACUCCGGCGCCUCUGCACAGGUGGAGCGUGACGACUGCAGCCCUCACAACGUGACACUGGGUUACUACGUGACCAGCGGGAAAACCGUCUACAUCUCCUCCGUGGUGGUCGAGGCCUUGAACGUUUACGGCUUUGACAAGCUGCUGUCGGACAUCAGACAGCACACCCCGCUGGUUAAGGCCGUGCUGGUUCCCGUGGCAACUUGGCUGCCUGCUCCCAGCAUCCACCUGCAGCUGAAAACAGUGCUGAGGUUUGUCGGUCCCACGGACAACGUCUACUCCUGCAGUUUUGUCCAGAUGUUGGAGCAGAGGCUGGAGAACGCCUUCGAUGAGGCUCAGGACAAAGUUCUGGAGACCUACAACAGACUCACCGUUGAGAUCCAGAGUGUGUCCCAGGAGCCCGGCUCUCCCUCCGUCAAUCUGGUGUAUGUGGUGAAAAACCAGGACGCGAUUCUGAACGGGACGAUCUCCAGCGGGCUUCUCAACCAGCUGACUGCGGAGCUGGUGGGAUACUUCCUGUUCUACCCGCCGCUGGUCAUCGCUGAACCCCUUGAAUACCAUAAUCUCAACACAUCGACAGCAACCAGGAACUAUUGGGUGAUAACGGUGAUCCAGGAUGUGGACAGCUCCUCUCUGGAGGACAACUACCAGAGCUUUGCCAAUCUCAUGGAGCAGCGGCUGGCUGAGCUCUUCCUGGUGGCCAGCAGGCAGGGGUCUCGGACGGCAAGGGCCCGGCGAGCCACCACCGUCGGGGGUUACACCGUACAGAUGGUGGGCAUGCGUCGCCUUCCCGGACCCAAGAACCCGGCGGAGAUGACGUACUACGCCCAGCUGAACGGGGCGCCCAUCACCGGAACCACGGCUGCUAAGACCCUCAGCAGUCUGGACUCCCAGACCAUGGCUCUGACGCUGGGAUACUUUGUGCAAGUGCAGGCUGAACCUGUGGUGAAGACGCCGCCUAGCAACCUGUGGAUCAUGGCCGUUCUGACGCCGCUCUUCUUAUUGAUGGUGGUGAUCGGGAUGGUGGCCUUCAUUCUGUGCAAGAGGAACAGGGUCAUUUUCAAAACCAGCGCCUUCAGGACAUUUAAAACGCGCUCCAAGACUUCAUAUCGAAGGGAGGGCAGUUACCACCACCAGCCUGUCCAGGGCUUCGACUACGCCAAGAAGCACAUGGGUCGGACCGGAGACGAGGCCGUCUCCGUUACUAAGGAGACGCUGGUGUUGGGGCUGCCUGUGCGAGACGCUCCGUUGUCUCUGUCCCUCGAUAAGAAGGUCCACCAGGACGGGACGGCCAGUAAAAGACCUCCGUCUGCUGACAUCCACAAAGGAGGCCUCACUCCCCUCCCUCUCCAUCUCUCCCUUGCCUCGCUCUGUUGCCAUGGCUACUACAGGCGGUUGCCAAGUGAGGAGGACGGCUCGGUGUCGAGUAGCGGCUCUGGGAAGCUGAACACCAGCAAGAGCUCGUCGGCCCGAAGGACUGCGACUGGCAGCAGCAGCAAGAACGGCAAAGAGGAGCUGCACAAGAGGGGCACCAACGACCCGUACGACGACCAUUCAGGCUCCUUGCGCCUCAUCACCAUUAAGCCCAUGACAGCCCAGCCAACCUACUCCUAUCCCUCCUCCUCCUCACACAGCCAGGACUCCGUGGUCGUGAAUGGGGAGGCGAACCACAGCGGGCUGAAGCAGAAGUCGGACAUCGAGCACUAUAGAAACAAGCUGCGGCAGAAGGCCCGGAGGAAGGGCUACGGGGAGUUCUCCCUGUCCGAGACCGGCAGCCACGGUUAUAGUCACCGCGACGUAAGGCACAGUCGGCACGACAACGGGGUCAAAGAGCCGAUGACGGCCGAAGAGAAGAGGGCCUCGUUUGCAGGAUGUCACAAGAGGUACUCCCACCCACGAGAGCCCACCUACUGGAGCCGGCAGUCUCUGAGCAGCCCGAGCCCGGUGGAGACGGAGAUGGACCUGCUGGUGCUCAGGGAGAGAUCCAGGAGGGGCAUCCGCAAUAACGGCUAUGAUGGUGAACCAGAACCGUUUGAGGAGACCAACGUGGACCGUCUGAUGAGCUCUCUGGGCUACGGAGGUGGAUCUAAAGGAAUCGGGAACGGCAGCCUGGGGGUGAAAGCUCACCGCGGCUCCGACUCCUCCACACUCAGCUCCCAGCCUUCCAUUGACGAGGUCCGCACGCAGAUGCACAUGUUGCUUGGCAACGCCUUCAGCCUGGCGCCUCCGGACCAUGACCCCCCUUCGCCUCCAACCAACCGCCACCAUCACCACCACCACCCUCACAGCGCCUACAACCCGUCCCACACCAGCCACUACAGCGACGGGGUGACCAGCGCCCCGGGGACCAUGAACCACCCCUGUGGAGGCCGACAGAGGAGCGCAGGCUAUGAGGACAUGCACCAGUGUAGCCUGCCCAAACCGGGUUUCCGGUUCACCCAGCUUCCUGACAUGGGCAUCGGAUCUCCCCCUCCGCUGAUCCCCUCCAGACCAGGACCACCUCCCGGGACCUCACUACGACGUUCCACCCCUGAUGUUAGCCUGAAGCCUCGCGUGUCCGACGCCUCAGACCUGCAGGCCCAGCAGCACAACGGCGCCCCCUACCUGCCGCUCUCCAGGACCCCCUUCCCUGCCGUCACCGUGGACCAGUCCAUCACCACCUACUCAGGAAACCCAAUAACAGCGGUCUACGCCAUAUCGGCCAACCGCCCGGGCUACUCGGACUACUUCGUCAUGUCACCGCCGUCCUCCUACCGGAGCCCGUCCUGGAUGUCCUACCCACCUGAGCCAGAGGACCUGCCCCGGCAAUGGAACGACACUCCUAACUCACGCCACCUUGAGACCAUCUGCUGAAGUCGCCCGUCGGUGACACUGAGAGGAAACACUCAGUAUCUUGGUGUAUUAUUGGAUGAGCAGAAGAUUUUGCUCUCCCUGAACCCCCCCCUCCCCACCCAUUCCUCACCUCCAGCCCGACCUUCCUCAUGUACGAUUCUUUCAUCAGCGGCGGUCCUCCUCUGCGUCUCCUCUCUCCGCCGCCCCGUCGCCGUCCUUCCCUGUAUACUCUCAAAGUGUUUCAAAGCGGCUCCUCGGAGCUGCUCCUCAAAUCUUCCUUACCAACACAACACGCCCCGCCAUGAUUCUCUCUCUCCGUCUGUAUUCUGAGCCCCGGGCCUCGGAGGCCCCACGCCGGUGGUCACCGCCUCCAUGUAGACUGCCUCUCUGCCGCUGUACAGCCAGACACUGCGGGACUGAACUGAGCUGCGUGAAGCUGCGCUGGGCUUCAACUACAGUGCAGCGUGACUCUGCCCCCCCCCCCCCACCCAGCAACCAUCGUACAGUAACUGCCAUCUGUUCAGCACAACGAUGGCUCGCAGCGCUGCGUUCCCGGUACAGCAGUGCCCCCGCCGUGGCCAGUCAGUCGUCUACUCCUCCUCUGAACUGGUCUGGUCUGGACUGGACCAUCCUGGACUAAGGGUCCACCACCACGAAGCCAGGAAAGCUGGACUGACUUAAAACUGUGCUUUUCUUUCUUUCUUUCUUUUUCUUUUUCUUUUUUUUUUUUUGAUGAAUCCAAAUUCCUAUGUAAACCUUCUACAGCCGGUUAAUAUGUGUAUUUUAAACUUAAGUAAAGAAAAAAAAAUGUAAGGGAAACAAAAAAACAAACAAACAAACAAAAAAAAACUCGUCUUGAGCUGUCUCAAUUUUAGUUUUUGGAUAUUUGUGUGCUUUUGUCUUUUACUUUUGUGCAUUGAUUAUUAUCAAUGGAUUGUUGUACAAUACAAAAAAAAAGAGAAGAAGAAGAUGUAGUGAGUGCUCCUCUUUCACUCACCUUAUUUCAAGGCAAAAAAUAUAUCUGGCAUCCUUCGAUGCCGGGAAGUCAGCGGCUUAGUUGUCUGUGGCUAUGACGGCAUUUCUGUACCUUUUUAAAAAGAGAAAAAUAAGAAAUACUUAGUUUUACCUUUUUCCUUCAUCAGCAACGAAAACAAGAAGUAGUCACUCUGUUCUGUCGAUCAUCUGAUUAUGAAGUUAUUUGUCUGCUAAUCAUUAGGAGGACCUGAAUCAAACCUGGAAUCUGGAAUCCUGCUCACAUGCGGCGCUUUGUGGAUGUUAACGAACACGACGAGCUGCUGCAAUCGCCAGUGAUUUCCACUCGGGUUUGACUCUGGUCUCUUAACAAUUAUGUGAACACACCAGUAUUCUUAGAAGAUGAAAAAAAAAGAAAAACGUUCUUUUACUUGAAAAGUGUCUACUGUAUUCUACUGUAUAAGGAAAUUUUGACUUUUGGUUACUUAGUUCUCGAUGACGAGGGGUUAAUAUUUGGUCACCGGACUAUGGUGAAGUACUGUUCAAGAGACUCGCCAGGCUCAGACGAGCCGCAUAUGUAACGAUUAAAUGUAUUACUGUAUAUAGCAGAUGAUUUAAUGAAGAGAUUUAUGCAAGUAGUAGCGGGAGGGAAACUUUGCUCGACAUUAUUCUGACGCCAUUUUCCUCCUUCUUUUUUUUUUAUUUUUUAUUAUCCCCCCCUCCCCGUAAGGAUGCACACAUUCCAUCACCUCGUCUCGUAAACGCAUAAAUCAUUUCAUGACAAAAGAAGCAGAGAGAGAGAGGGAGGGAUUUCGAUUUGACUUGAGGCAAGUAGGUGCAACGCUGCAUUUACGCUAUUCUUUAUGUUUGAACAAAUCUAACAGCCAUAACAGGAGAUAAUGCAAUCUUUGAGUGCGGGGGGAAAUGUCGCGGCCUAUAAAUAUAUUCGCCCUCAUUUUUACUGAGGAGAAUUGUGGAGAAUUGUGUGAGCACACUGUAUGUAAGGCUCCUCAUCAUUUAGAUGGUACUAAAGGAGAUUAUAGCCAUAUAUUAACUUCACCAAGUGGACGUAAAACAGCUACGAUACAUAUAUAUACAGUGUCAAAUGAAACCAAAUGAGAGUAUAUAUUGGAGAGGCUAAGAAUGGAGAGAGCUAGUAGAGAUGUAAAAUGUAAAGAUAGGAUUGUAAAAUGAGCACUUUUGUAUAAAAAAAAAAAAAUGCAGUAUUUUGGGAAAGUGUUAAGCCAGAAAGUGUAAAUGCAAUUGGAGAUUGGAAAAAAAAAAAAAAAAAAAAAAAGAGGCUAUUAAGUAGUUUAAGGUGACGUUUUUUUACUCGUAGACAGAACCGUAACUAGAAACCACUCUGUAUUUUACAGCAAAACACAAAGGAAGUGUUUACAUGGACGUGGAAGGUUUUCGGAGUGUCUGGUUUAUAUAUCGUGUCUGGAUUUCAGAAACCAGGACAUGCCCUUAUCCAUGUUUUGAGAAGUCUAAUAAUGCCAGCUGGAGGAGUCUGGAAGAAACUGGAUGUUUGUACUCAUCUUAUCUCGGUUUCUGCUGCGUUUCAGCCUGUGUAAACGUGUCUUCAGCAAUAUGUUAAUAAAAUAAGACCUGAUACUUGGGGCUCUAAGCAGGGCAGGGGUUGACAUCGGCUUGUUCGAAGGAUGCUGAGCAGUCAUUAACACGUGCACCAAUCACCAGUCUUUUUGGAUCUGGCAUUCAUGUGGAUGGUACUCAGACAUGUACCACCCACCUAGACCAGACCAGGCACCCCCACCCCAAAGCAAUGACACCAUCCCCAGCAGCCUGACACAGACAUGCACACAAAAACGGCUUAGGACCAGCUCAAGUAUCUUCAGUUUCUUCAGUAUUUUUCCAUGCAUUAACUGCAGUUUUGUGCUGUAAACAUCACCUGCACAAAAUAAACAGAUUUCACUUCCGAGCAAAUGUCCCGAAUCUGAACGGAAACGGUGAAAUGAGUUUAUCAGUGUGGAUGUAAACACAAUCACGGUGAUGUCUUGCAGCUGCUUUGGAGGGCAUUUCUUCUCCUGACCUCAGAACUUCUAGCUACUGCUCUGUCUCCACAUUUACAGCUUAAAAUGCAAAUUCCUAAAACAAAAAGAAACAUUUAAUAUUCACCGUCUGAUAAACAAAGUCGGUGAGUGCAGGAAGUAGCAGAGAACGGUGCGUCUGUUUUCCAGUUCAGGCAUUUAUUUAAGAUUCCUCCGAGUCCCCGAGGAGAGAAUCUGGGCCUGUGCAUGAUAAGUAUUAGAAGUUAAUUAAAAGUGAAUAUUUAGGGAAGGUUUGAGACCUGGAACAUUACGAGCACCCGCUCUCUGUUUCUGGUGCUUUAAAUCCUCACCAUCAUUUCCAUCUUCUUUCAAUUCAUCCUCACUGUACAGAACCCACGUGUGGUUGCUCAUUCGCUCAUCGUUUGUUUUGACUCCGCGUUAAAGGAGAGGGGCGGGUGGGUUUCGGUUUUUAAAGUGUGAAGAAGGGGACUAAACGCUAUGCUAUAAGUCGAUGUGCAAUGUUUGUGCUUUACACGGGUAGCGGCGAGAUGCUUUUAUUGACGACGGAUUCCGGGAAUCAUUCUUUUCUGCCGUUUGAGCCACGCUGUGACGCUGUGACGUCACGGCGGCGCUGAUGAUGUCACGCUGUCGUCGCUGGGGUGUCGAUUGACGUCGCGGUGACGACAACCUUGAAUGCUGUUGGAUGUAGUUAUGCAGAAAACUUUUUGGUGAAUUUAAACAAUAAAUACGGAUUACAA